GAUAAUUAUCGAAUAGUCAUCGAUGAGCUGCCAAAAUAGCUCAGAUAUUUCAUAACAAUUUCUCGGCGAAAUUUAAUAAAUUUUUUAAGAAAUGGCGCAAAGUAGAUUGGAAAAAAUCGGCACCAUAUUCACCAGGGUGGAUGGUUUGAUAAAGGCCAAUGCUAUGAGAUUUGAGGACCGACCUAUUUGGUAUGAUUUAUAUGCAGCUUUUCCUCCAAAACUAGAACCCCGAUUUGAUCGUCCUGCUCAAGAUAUAAAAAUUAAAAAUAUAUUUUAUGCCGAAGAUGUUGCAAGAGCAAAGUUUCAAAAAAAGGAGAAGCAGUAUGAAAUAAUAAAUUUACUGGACACAAGGCGCAAAACACAAACGCAAAAUUUCAUUGCAAUAUACCAAAACUUAAAAAGUCAAAAUCCUCUGGACGAGGAAAAGCUGUAUGAGACGUCUGUUGAAAUGUUGGGCGAACAAUCAAGAGCUCCAAAUGCUGAAGGAGGAACAGACACCGCUGUUAGGACCAGUCUAUUAGCGGACUUUGUAGAUAGUAAAGCGAACAGUGAAAGUCUAGCAACUACUAAUGUAGACAUCAAAAAGCUGUUUAGUGAAUAAAAGUUUCUUUUUACCUUCCUUUUA